UCCCAUCAUCUUCAACAAAAGCAGCAGCUCAAAAUCCUCUUCUCGCUCAUUCCUUCACCAUGGCGCCGAGCAAUUCCCAGCUCAAUGUGAGUCUUGCUCCUGCUGAAAUUUUCACCAAUCAGGGCUUUCGAAACUCUAAAGCAUACUCCAGGUAUCUUCGUAGCUUUCGUGAUCGUGCUCUCCACCCUUCGUUCCUCAUACCACCUACCACCUUCAAUCGAUAUAGACUGAGGGUUAAUGGGUAUGUAAAUGAUCUUGGGUGGAGCUCGCUGCUCAAGAAUCAGCUUCUUGAUCAAUGCCCUAAAGCCGUGAGAAUGUUCUACGCGAGUAUGCAGUGUGGACCUGGCCGCAAUCCGAUGUAUUUCACCUCCACUGUCUACAACUUCAGUGUGAAAGUCACUGCUAAUGUGCUGGCCAAUCUGCUGCAUCUCCCUCAUGAUGGAUACACAGCAGGAACAACAGAAGAAUUUGACAGCUAUGGGUUUCAUCCUAUAGAUACUAUGUCGUAUCUAGCUCGAGAUUAUGGGAAGUAUAAGUCUUCCAUGUUUUCUGUUGAGAGGCUGCCGGAUGAUCUGAAAGCUCUUCAGUUCUACAUCACGCGCAUGUUUCUCCCUCGAGAUGCUGAAACUACAACGAGCCUUGAAGAAACUGACCUUUGGAUUCAGUUCAACGCGAUGACAGGAUGCCAAAUCAACUAUGCUUCUCUUAUGUUUAAUCACAUGAUUAAAUAUAGAGAAGAUGACUGUAGCGGGAAGCUACCGUUUGGUCCUCAAAUCACCACGCUACUAGAAUUAGUCGGAGUCGAUCGACGUGAUAAGAUGACUAAAUGGGAAGUUCAUUUUGACUCCAAGCACAAUAUAUACUUCGUUGUACUCUCUCGGAACUUGGACCCCGCAAGCUUGUCAAAGUUCAAGGGGGAGACAAAGCUAUUGAACAUAAGCCUGAAACCGAAUCUGAGUAUGAGGCUGAAAGUGAGCCUGAAGAGGAUGACAACGAGGUGGAAGAAGGAACCUGGUUAAAGGACACUGCUGCAGCAUUGACUACUGAUGCAAUAGCCCGACUUACCAAGGGAAAAGAAGUUGCAGAAUCAUCUGGAAAGCGAAAGAAGUUUCUGAAUAUAGAGCAUAUCCAGGA